GGAUCUAUUUUUAGGGGCCGAGUUGCUGCUAUAUCUGUCUUGGUUGCCUGGCCAAAGCCCUCCUGCGCAGCCCAAAGUGUGGCCUGCUUGCACCCGGUGAACAUGGCUGGCCUGGAAGGGGCGUCUUCUGGGGACCAGUCAGGAGGCCAUGUGGUCCUGGAGGUGGGCGACAGGCAGUUCCCUGUCGAGCGCUGGGCCUUGGCCCGCUACAGUCGCUACUUUGAGGCCAUGUUCUUUGGGGGCACGCGGGAGCGCACGGCACCUCGGAUCCGGAUCCAGGGCCUGGACCCCACUGCCUUCCAGGCCCUGCUGGCCUUCACACAGACGGGCAGCCUCCUCCUUGACCGCAACAACGUCACAGACCUGCUGGAGGCGGCUGACUUCCUGCAGCUGGACUGCGCCAAGCGGCGCUGCGAGGCAUUUCUGGAGAGGGAGCUGCACGUCUCCAACUGCCUUGGUUUCCUGGCCUAUGCGCAAUGUUUCUCCUGCGCUCACCUGCAGGCGGCUGCACUCUCUGUGGUGCUCUCACACUGGGCCGAAGUGUCUUCCGGCGAGGAGUUCAUGGAGGCCCCUGCAGAGACGCUGCGGGCGCUGCUGCGGAGCGACGAUCUCUUUGUGAGCCGCGAGGAGGCGGCCUUUGAGGCGCUGCUGCGGUGGGUGGCUGCCGACCCUGCUGGGCGGGAAGCAGUCUUCCUGGAGCUGGCGGGCCUCAUCCGCGGGCCCUUCCUGAGCCUGCCCUUCCUGGAGCGGCUGGUGCGGCGCUGCAAGAGCCCCCCAGGGCAGGACACCUCGGGGCGGCUGCUGCAAAAGCUGGAUGCUUGCCCGCCUGCCAGCUGGAGACAGGCGGGCCUCUCGCCUUGCGUGGGGCGCAGCCACGAGGUCCUCUUCGUCCUGGCUGGCAAACACGACCAAGAGCAGCAGGAGCUUUUCCAGUUCCAGCCAAAGACGCAGGUGUGGCAGUCCAGGGCUCCCCUGCAGCGCAAGAACCUCACCCAGUAUGCUGUGGCUGCCAUCGGCAACUUCCUCUUUGUGACGGGCGGCUACUUCCGCGAGGAGUUCUCCUGGUGCAGCGUGGGCUGGGUGCUGAUCUACAACAGCUGGGACAACUCCUGGCUGGAUGGCCCGGCCAUGAAGACGGCACGCCACAGCCACUGCGCUGUGGGGGUGGGCUUCCACCUCUACGUGAUGGGGGGCAGCACUGACGAGGGGGCCGUCACGCCCGAGGUGGAGCGCCUGGCGCCCGCUGACUCCUCCUGGGAGGUCACCAGCCCCCUGGCCCACCCCGUGGAGAGGGCCGGGGCGGUCAGUGUGGGGACUCGCGUCUACGUCGUCUGUGGCCUGGACGAGAAUGGAGAUGUCUGCCGUGCUGUCCAGCGGCUGGAUGUGGAAACGGACAUCUGGGAUGUGGUCUCCUUCUCUCCUCUCCCUAGGUAUGACCUCUGCGUUGUGGCUCUGAAUGGGGCCAUCUACACCGUGGGAGGGGGCGCCUUCCGCUUUGACGUGGACUCGGGCGAGUGGACGCCGGUGGAGGAGGAGUGCCUGGCGAGACGGUUCUUCACAGGGUGCAGCGCAGCCAAUGGCAGGAUCUAUCUCCUGGCGCAGAGACAGGGCAACGCUGCAAUCCCCAACAUGGUUCUCUUGGACCCUUACCUGGAGAUGUGCCAGGAGGUGGACAGCAAGCUCCCCUGCCCACUGCCCAUCCACGGGAUGGCCUCCGUGCGGAGAUUUGACAUUUGUGCAUGACACACACCUCCAAGGCGGCAGUGCGGGGGACGGAGGGCGGGACAAGUAGGCUGCCCUCUUCUUUUUCUCUCCUUCAUUUAGGACAA